UUUCAUGGAGCAAAAUUUAUAAUUUACUGAAAAAAUAUAUAUCUUUAUCGAAACAACAAAAACUGAAAACUGAAAACUGAAAGCAGCCACCACAAGAUGAACUCGCACUGAACUCAACUGGCCGGAAAACACCGCCGGUGUUGCUCGUCGGCCCCACAAACAGUGUUAAAGCCGUCCAGGUGAUUUUCAAUGUUUAUUCAACCGCCACAUUCUAAACCCUAAUAAUGGAAUGCACCGUAUCAUUUCCUACUAGUAUGCGUUUUGUUCCAUUGGGAACAACUUUGUGCAGAAACCAGAGAAUCACUUUAGCAGCACAUUCAUCGAAUUCAAAUAGAAGAAGAAGAGAAAGACCGACAAAGAACUUACGGUAUCCGCGUCGCGACAAGCAACCUCCGGAGUUUGGUGUUAAUUUAUUCUUGAAGAAGCCUAGCUUUCCCAACAAUGAUCAAACUCGUGAUGAUAAGAAUUUCAAUGUAGAAGAGAGUGAUGAGGAGGAACGAAAUACUGGUGUGGUUUGGGAUUCGGAUGAAAUUGAUGCUAUAUCGUCGCUUUUUCAAGGUAGAAUCCCACAAAAACCGGGAAAAUUGGACCGGGAAAGACCUCUUCCUCUUCCGUCUCCUCACAAGCUUCGACCGUUGGGAUUACCUACGCCAAAAAGACUACCAGAGAUGGUUUCUUCUCGCAUUUCUAUGGAUAAGAAAUUAUAUAAAAGCCCGAGUUUUCUAGUUGGGUUGGCGAGAGAGAUUAGCAGGCUUAAUCCAGAUGAAGAUGCGUCUAUAAUUCUUGGAAAGUGGGUGCAUAUUCUGAGGAAGAGUUCUCUAUCAAUGACAAUAAAGGAAUUGGGCCAUAUGGGGCUCCCUGGGAGAGCUCUACAGACGUUCUGUUGGGCACAGAAUCAACCUCAUCUUUUCCCGGAUGAUUGGAUUCUGGCCUCGACAAUUGAGGUCUUGGCAGGGAACCAUGAAUUGAAGAGUCUAUUGAACCUGAACAAGUUUACUGGUUUGGCGAGUCGCAGGGUGUUAGAGGCAUUGAUUAAGGGUUUUUUAAAAGGAGGAAACCUUAGACCUGCUUGGAAGGUAUUGGCAAUUGCUAGAAGGGAUAAAAGAAUGUUGGAUUCAAGCAUUUAUGCAAAAUUGAUACUGGAACUUGGAAAGAACCCUGAUAGAUACAGACAUAUCGAGCCGUUGUUAGAAGAACUCGGAGCACGAGAUGAACUGAAUUUAACCGCACGAGAUUGUACUGCUAUAAUGAAAGUCUGUGCUAAGAUGGGAAAGUUUGAAGUAGUUGAGAGCUUGUUUAGUUGGUUCACACAGUCUGGUUGUCAACCAAGUGUGGUUAUGUAUGCAACUGUUAUUCGUAGCCGCCAUGCUGAAAUGAAGCACAGAGAGGCAUUGGAUUUAGUUUGGGAAAUGGAGGCUUCGAAUUGCCUCUUUGACCUUCCUGCUUAUCGUGCGGUAAUAAAGCUGUUUGUUGCUUUAGAUGACCUAUCUCGAGCCGCGAGAUAUUUUUCGAAACUUAAAGAAGCGGGAUUUUCUCCCACUUAUGAUUUAUACAAAGACAUGCUUGAAAUUUACAUGGCCUCCGGGCGGAUUGCAAAGUGCAGAGAGAUCUGUAAGGAGGCCGAGAUUGCAGGUUUCACGCUACAUAAACAUCUAGUGUCAUAUGAUUCAUGAUUUGAUAAAUAAAGCACAGUAGAGUAUAACUGUAUAAGAAUUAAAUGGGCAUUAUCAUUGUUCGUAUCAACUUUGUAUUUCUCUUUAUCGGCUUCUGUUUGUCAUCUACAAAUAUUUUCAACAUUGAGGCUAAAUUAUUAUAUGUGAAUAUGCUACUAAACUCUGUGAUGGUAGUACCAACUGUUAA